AUGUCAUAUAAUCGAUCUAGAGAUUUAACUUUAAGGAAUAAUUCAAGUCAAGAAGAUACAAAUGAAUCAACAACUAUUAAUCCAUUUAAUGAACCAUUGAAUAAUAACCAAAAUGAUCAAACGUUGAAUCAAAAUUCAAGUUCAAAUAGUAUACUAGAGUCUCCAUCAUCUGAAUCUUUAAAUUAUAAUUAUAAUCAAAAUAUUAAUAAUUCAAAUAAUAAUAAUCAAUAUGGUAGAAAUUUUACAGAAUAUUCAAGUGAUAGUAAUUCAAAUUUGAUAAGUUCAGAAAUAUCAUCUUCUUACAAUAUAACUCCACCAAAUGAUUCAAGAUCAAAUAUAAGAUCUUAUAGUAACAAUAAUAAGUCAACAAAUCUAAAUAAUCAAAAAUAUUUCAAAAAUCCUAUAAGAAAUGAUAAUUUAAAAAUUAAUAAACCACCACCUUAUGAUAGAUAUCCAAUAAUUCAUGAUUCAUCAACAACAAGUAAUUCUUCUACUUCCCUAGCUGAAGAAGAAGAAAAAAAAUCAUCACCUUUUGCAAAUGUUAUAUAUCCUUCAAUAAUUCCAAGAACUGAAUCUACUUCUACAGCCACAACCAAUAAAAAAAUUAAUUACAAUUCAAAUUAUUCCGAUUUUAGUCCAUUUGGUGGAUAUCCCGCAUCUUCAUUUCCUUUAAAUAUAGAUGAAAAAGAAGCAGAUGAUGAUUUACAUAAUCCUGAUCCAAUAAGAGAUAUAAUUUAUGAUAAAAAUCGUUUUUGGUAUGAUUUAAAAAAUGGUGAUAAAAGAUCAUAUUUUGGUAUAUUAAGUUUUUUUUUAUUAAUUGCUGCAGCAGUUGCAGUAUUUGUAAUAUUACCUGCGUUAACAUUUACUGGUGUAACUGAUCAUAAAUAUGUUCCUGAAACUUAUGAAAUUUUAACUCAUUAUUCUUAUCCUAUGUUAAGUGCUAUAAGAAUAAAUUUAAUUGAUCCAGAUACUCCAACCGCUGCAUUAACUAUACCUGCGAAAGAUGGUGAUGAUUGGCAAUUAGUAUUUAGUGAUGAAUUUAAUGCAGAAGGUAGAACAUUUUAUGAAGGUGAUGAUCAAUUUUUUACAGCUCCAGAUUUACAUUAUGAUGCAACAAAAGAUUUAGAAUGGUAUGAUCCAGAUGCUGUUACAACUUCAAAUGGUACAUUAGUGUUAAGAAUGGAUGCUUUUAAAAAUCAUAAUUUAUUUUAUAGAUCUGGUAUGGUACAAACUUGGAAUAAAAUGUGUUUUACUCAAGGUAGAAUUGAUAUUUCUGCAAGAUUACCAAAUUAUGGUACUGUUUCUGGUUUAUGGCCUGGGCUUUGGACAAUGGGAAAUUUAGGUAGACCAGGUUAUUUAGCAACAACAGAAGGAGUAUGGCCUUUCAGCUAUGAUUCUUGUGAUGCAGGCAUUACACCAAAUCAAUCAUCUCCUGAUGGUAUAUCAUAUUUACCUGGUCAAAGAUUAAAUUCUUGUACUUGUCCUGGUCAAUCACAUCCAAAUCCAGGAGUUGGUAGAGGAGCACCAGAGAUUGAUGUUAUAGAAGCAGAAAUUUCAACUGAUGCUACUGGUAAAAAGGAAAAUAAUGGAGUUGCAUCACAAUCUUUACAAAUUGCUCCAAUGGAUAUUUGGUAUAUGCCAGAUUAUGAUUUUAUAGAAAUUUAUAAUAAAUCAAUAACAACAAUGAAUACUUAUGCAGGUGGACCUUUUCAACAAGCUAUAAGUGGUACAACAACUUUAAAUCAUACAUGGUAUCAAUUAAAUAAAUUGGCUAAUCAAGAACAUAAUUAUCAAUCUUAUGGAUUUGAAUAUUUAAAUAAUGAUAAUAAUGGUUAUUUAAGAUGGUUUGUUGGCCAAACUCCAACUUUAACAGUUUAUAAUACUGCUUUACAUCCACUGGGGAAUGUUGGUUGGAGAUAUUUAUCAAAAGAACCAAUGUCAAUAAUAAUGAAUUUAGGUGUUUCAAAUAAUUGGGCAUAUAUUGAUUGGUCUUCCCUUAAUUUUCCAGCAAUUUUUAAUAUUGAUUAUAUAAGAGUUUAUCAACCAUCAAAUAAUUUAAAUAUUGGUUGUGAUCCUGAAGAUUAUCCUACAUAUGAUUAUAUUCAACAACAUUUGAAUAUUUAUGAAAAUGUUAAUUUAACUUCUUUUGAAGAUGGUGGUUAUUCUUUUCCAACUCAUAAAUUGUUUGGAUGUAAUUAA